AAUUUAAAAGAGCAACAUUGAAAUCAGUGAACAUUUUGAUCGAUUGUCCAGGUCAGUUCCUACUGUGCUUCCCUUCCUCCAUCCCUUUUGGAUACAGCACCGUUGAAUCGCGCUUGCUCCGUUCCACGACCAUUUCAUUUUCGUAGUCAUAUCAGCCGAUGGUAUUUUAUUCGUAUUCGUAUAUGACAGUUCUGUCGGAGAGCAGAAACUUCGGAUCGCGCUUUUGGAUUUUUAUUUCGCUACGUUCGUUCGAGCAUUUGAUUGAGGGAGAGUUAGCAAUCGUGAGCCGUUGAAUUUUGAUUAUUAUUCUAAAUAUAUUGUAAAAUAUUCUCAAGAAUUGGUCAAUUUUUCCUCCGACCGAGAUCUCGGAUCGAUUUCCAGGAUUGUGAAUAUCAGGCUGCAGCUUCAGAGUGCAGCCGGUAGGUAGGUUGGCAGCUAACAGUCGCGCAUUUGCGACCGAUACAGAACGCCACGAGCGAGUGAGCGAGUGGCGGGGUCUCUGCUGGUCUCCGCACGUCUAGUCUUGCGGGGUCAAGCCAGUUGGCAACAGACCAUCGAGCGGGUUGCGUGCGCGAGUUAAGUUCUCCCUGUCCCUCCCCCUCAGUCCCGUGUUCCUUCGUGUCGAGCGUUUCUCGCUUCUCGCCUGGCAUUUCGCGUCGCAGCGGCUGCGAGUGAGCGCGUCCCUGGGCGAGGAGAAAAAGGAGAUCGCUGUCAUCGUUGUCAUCAUCCGCGCAACGCUGCGCCGACGGUCGGCUGUCAUGGGGCCCGUCGACGGGAUCAUUUGACCCACGGGAACGACUCCAGGCUCGUCGGAGGGAUUGUGAGCUGACCCGCGUGAGCGCUACGAAUCGGUAUGCACUGCCUAGGUGCGGUGACAGGAGGAGGCACCUCCAGCCCGAACGGGGCUGGCGGUCGGGGUGGUGUUCUUAGCGUGUUUCGAGCCCUUGGAGUCCUUGUGUGCGAAGGGAGAAUCCAGGGCCCUCCGCGUGGUUACAAAGAGGGCCCACACUGCGCACCGCCUAUGCAGGCGGUUCCAAACGACCACGUGUGCGACGAGAACAACUAUCUGUGCAAUCGAUACCGAGUACUAAUUCAGGAAAUCACGGAACGCCUUGCUACUGGAUCAUACCUGUGCGUGGAGGUGCUUUUGUGCAGCGAUUGUCCGUGUGGUUUGACAAAGUCCACUUGCAAUUAUCCUGUAUAUCCCGUGCCGUCCUUAUCCAUUUCACCAUGGCAGAAGUGUGCUUCGGAGAUGUUACUGGAGUACUGGUGUAUCUGCGUUGUUCCAAGCAAGAGCCCAGAACCAAUGAAUUUUCAAGGAUUAUACCAAGCAGUACGUUCCCGAUUGCAUUUUAGCCAGGUUGCAGCGUGGUGGUCUCGCAGUAACGGUACGGAGCCGAGUUAUAUAGCCACCCGAAUUGUAUCGCACAAUGAGGAUAAUCUUAGCAAGUUUCGAGAGACGUCGGUGGAGCAUACCUUUCCUCUGGCUGGUAACGGCGACGGAAAUUCCAUCAAGGUGACCAUGUGGGCAUUACCGCGAAUGGAAGAAGUGCCCAUACUCACAUGUUCGCUGCAUCCGAAAAAAGAAAAGGACGAGGAGGAUAUCGCGAGAGCAUUAACACCCACCAAGAGUAUUUCGAUGGGAUCCAGCAAUGUGCAAAAUUCAGAUGGUCUCGUCUUACCAGUUCUCGUGGAUGACAGACUGCAAACCACCUGCAAUAAAUCUGGCAAACACGACUGCCGUUGCGAAGAAGAAGACGCGUCCCCUCUGUCGCCUACCAUCAGAACUAACGGUGAGCGGAAACGUCGUCGUUCGCUUCCUUGUGGCCCGGCAGAGAGUUCUUGCGUGACCACGCAACCGGCACCUUUGCCGUCUCUUCAAGAACACUUACUACAGCAGAUGACAGGCAACACUAGCUCAAGCUUAACAAGAGACUCUGCCGAGAUAGUGAAUAACAAUCGUUGCGCAACGCGAAUUCUUCAGAACAAAUUAGAGAACAAAAACGAAGUAAGAACUCAUAACUAUCGGAACACGGAUUUCGAACGCUGGUUUAAAAUACAUCUAAGAAUUGAAGAACUUGAGGACAACUUGGAGAAACAUUACAAGCACACGACGAUGCAAGAUUCAGAGACUGCCAAUAUAAAGAACGUUGAUCGAAUUGAAGAAGAUUAUAAUAAUUCCGCUAAAAAUUCGACUAAUUUUGGGAAAGAACCCAGUGGAUCCGCAGAUAUCAUACCUUCGGCAAAGACUGGCGGAUUACUGCAUAAUCUUAGUCCUUUCGCUCCUGCCAGCUGGUCUUUUGUCUCCUCUUGGCAGAAUAGUAAUAUGAAUAGUAAAUUUCAGAGCUUCCGCAAUGCGAAGGAGGUUCGUUUCAGUGACUCGGAAAGAAAUUAUAAACUACCGACCGUCACUUCUAACCACACUUCCAUUAAUCCCUAUGCACAAUCCAAUCCUUUCCACGAGUCAAAUCCUGGCCCUUCGACGCAUAAAUGGACGCAGAAAACGUUAGACAAUUCCGCUUGUAUCGUACAUCAGAGUUAUCCUAAAAAUAUCCAUAAAAUUAUCGCGGAGAGACAAGUAUCGGCCGGUCAAGAUGCAUUGGAGAUUAACAAGGAAGACGGCACUGCCAGAAAUAGUCAGAAAAAAACCGGAAAAUCGGAUUUUAAUCAAUUAAUAUGGAAAUUGUCGGUUCCGGACGAAAAAGAAAAGAGAGAAGAAGGAGGAUUACUGGAUUGGUUUAGCAAAGUACCUGGAAGAGUUUUGGGUGUUGCGACUACGAAGGGCUGUGUUGAUAACAACAAAAUGAAACAUGAAAACCUGAAACAAUCGGAAUAUCCGAAUGGGCAACAGAGUACCAACGAGAUUAAAUUUAAGAACUGUAAUCUCGAACUGAGCCAGCGAGAAGUUGACGAAGUGUUGGCGGUGCUGCGAGCGAGGACACCGUCGGGACGUAGAAGAGCCACUGUUAAGAACGUAAGGAAACGUGGAGAGCGAUUCGAAAGAGGCAAUGAUGACGUAGUGGAAAAGAUUACAACAAAAUGUACAAGCUCGGAGGACGGAGUAAUUCAGGAUAAUCUGACAAAUCGUCACGUUAGAAAAGUUCGAUUUACAUCUUGUGAAGAUUGCAGCCGUGGAUCGUGCAAAAAAAUAGAUCAUCAAGUGCUGGAAGAGCAAUCCAGCCCUUUGGAUCGGAUCUAUUAUGACAAGAAUGUUUAUCAGCCAGCACACUCAAAGCUCGUUGAAAGCACUAAUGGAUGCCUAAACGAGGAUUCGCAAGCGAGAAUACGCGCAAAUGAAGAUGCAGAUCAUUUGCAAAACGUUUCCACUAAAGCGGACGUGCUGCUUGGAGCCAUUUUGCGGACCAGCAAGGACCGAAAAAAUCCGUCGGAUACUUCAUCAAACGGGACCAGAUUGAGGUUGACGUCUAGCAUUGACGACGAUAGUAGCGAUGAUGAUGUUCAUUUUUCGAGCAUCGAGAAGCUCGAGCAGCAGGAUCACAAAAUCACCUCGUCCAACGAUGAAAAAUCCUUACCACUAAAUAAAAGAUUCCAUCGGUUCCGACAGAUGUUUAAGAAAGAAGUAGAUAAGAGGAUCGCUAUGAUGGACGAGUCUUCUUCCUCCCCGGAGACCUCGUCGAGUCCAAUGCUGCCACAACGCUUUAACGUGGCAUCUUUCCGUUACAAUAAUGAACAACCGAAUCUGCAUAACGUAAGAUACAGCAAGACGAAACGGCGAAUCGACUUUGCGAACUCUCUGGAGGCUACCGAGGAAAAAGCGGAUACUACAACGUUCAGUACAAAAGUCGCACAUCAAAAGUCACGCAAUACACAUAGUACAAAUAGUAAUGAUCGCAAAUGCGAUUCAGAGGGCCUAAACAAUCAGCAGAAUCAUUGCGACAGGCGGUUACUCGGAGAUACGAAGAAAUCUGUGGAGAACAAGGAGCAAGAUGAGAAUACGAAGGACAUCUCUCUUCUUCAGAAGAAUAAUUUGACUACUCCGAUUAUUCCGCAGAGCGGACAUUCGUCUUCCAAGCUGCGAAACAACAAUUACAAGGACAGUAUCACGGAGACAGGAGAUGAUGAAACUGUCGAUAAAAGCGUGCCAUCCGCACUCGAGCAGGAAAAAUUUCGUAGAUCUCUGGAAAACGCAGCUUCGAUGGUGUUCCAUAGCAGGACUGGUUUACCGUUGACUUCUAGUCCAGCGCCAUUGAGGAGAGGCAGUUGUUGCUUCGAUUACGAUAGUAGCCUGAAUUCCGUCUCUUCUAAAAGAAACGCGUUGUUUGAAUUGAAUACACCACCGAGUCCGGGUGCAGUCUCGUUGGAAGAAACCGACCGCGAUGCAGAAAUCUCUGGCGAGGGUGAAGAGACACCCAAAAGACGUUCUAGUUCUCGCCACCGACCGCAAAGUCACGCUCUUUUAGGCAGUUUCGAAGAAUCGGCAUUGAACGGUAGACUCGAACCAGUAUCCACGGUUCACGGUUUCACAGCGGAACUCGGAGCUAGCGGUUCCUUCUGCCCGAAGCAUCAAAAGCUUCCAGUCACUGUAUUCUUCUAUACGCUCGGUGACAACGAUAAAGUCUCCACACCGUACCUUGCUCAUAUUAAUCUCGAGAAAAAGGGCUAUCAAGUACCAAGAAGUGGCACUAUCCAAGUGACUCUUCUCAAUCCAUUGGGUACAGUCGUUAAGAUGUUCGUAGUAUUAUACGAUCUUUCCGAUAUGCCGCCGCGAUCUCAUACUUUUUUACGUCAAAGAACACUGCGAGACAAAACACUACGCUACCUCGUUCAUCUUAGAUUUAUGUCCAGCAAAUCAGGUCGAAUCUACCUGCAUACAGACAUCCGUAUGAUUAUCUGUCGAAAGUCGGAUGUGGAUACGGCGUCGGACUUGGGCUCGGAACCGCCGAAAGAACUCAGGAGUUAUAUUCACGGUCCUACAAAUCCAAAAUUUUCGCCAAGGUGCUGAGCCACGUGGUAUUUUUCAUGGGGCUGCUGCCAAUCAUUCCGCCCGCCCAGUCCCCUUCAAGUCGAAGUGUGAUCGACAAACGAUGGAAUAAGAUCAAAUUAGAAACUAAUAUUUAUAUUUUUAACUCUUUGCGAUUGACGAUAGGAACAAUUACAAUCAUUUUUUACAAUCAUUUUUUGCUGACAAAAACAAUAUCUUAUUUAUUAUAAUUUUCACUGGCGAUAGUAUCGAUCAAUUUAUUAUUUAUUGAUUGUA